CUGCAUCCCAGCUAGCCGCUGGCUUUAUAACCAAAACUCAAGGGAUCAGCAAGUGCAAGAAACCGGCCAUUACGAUUUCCUAACCUUUUCAGUCUCAAACUACCUAAACUAAUCCUGCACAAUAAUUAGUUGGUCCUAGAACUUUUACAAUCGUACAAACUAGUCCUAACACAAUACCAAAGCAAGGGAAUUGCUAUUCGUCGCCCUAAAAAUCCUUAUUCGUCGCCCUAAUUAUAUUAAAUUUACUUUAAUGUCCCUAGUUUAUUUUGUUUGUUUUUCAAACAAUUAAACCCUAAAACAAACAAAUACACCCACUAGUUGCCGGAGCCGGCCACCUCAUCAGAGGCAUAAUCAUAGACGUUAUCACUAUAUGAAGAAAGAAGAAGAGCAGAAGAUGAUCACAUAUUAGUUUACCAAAUGCAUCACAAUUUAUUUAAUUAUAAUCACCAACAACUUCUGUAUAGCAUGAGUCCUUCAACCCCCACCAAAAAACAGACAAACAGAUAGAAUUAGUAAACAAAAUAUUGGCUGCAGAAUAUAAUUGGCCGACGAAUCCUCUGAAACAAAGCAAAGAAGCUCUCAAAGAAAGGUUGUUUAUUAAAUCAUAUGAUUCUCAAUGGGCCUAAUUGUUUAUUAAUCAUUCUUCUUCGCCCUCCUUCUUCCUCCUGGUCGACAGCAACCAUGCAAAGCAGCGGUUGCGGGGAGCGAUUCUGGCGGCAGCAACGGUGACGGGGAGCGACUCCUGGCGGCGGUAGCGGCGACGAGGAGCGAAUCCGGCAACAGGACAACACGACAGAAACAGUUCUUUGGUCGGCGGCGGAUACCAGUUCCGGGGUGGAUGACGACUUUUUUGCCCGAGAUUUUGAGAGUCGGGUUUGGGGAUGGAUCGUUUGAUAGGUUUAGUUUGGGUUUGAAAUUAGGGGUAUAUGUGUCAAUUUAAUGUGAUUUAGGGCGAUUUUUUUCAAAUCUUAGGGCGACGAAUAGCAAUUCAGCAAAGCAAUUCUAGGAUGAUCUGAAUCAAACUAGAGUACAACAUUCUUUAUUCGUUCUUACGGAGAAGGAUUCGGGAAAUUUCAUAUAUAUCUUUCUCCGUUUCUCGUAAAGGUCGUUCCUCUAUAAUUCGGGAUGAUUUGCUAAAAAAAUGGGGACAUUUAGGUCCUUCCCCAAUCAAAGUGUAAUAGUGAAAAAAAAGUUGCUGAUUGAAAAGUGAUUAAAUGCAAAUAGGAUGACCAAAAGUGUAAUUCGCCAUUCGAGCGCGAAUAUAUAACAGAGCCCGCGCCAAAGGGCUGAAAACCGCGGGGAGAGCGACACGUAACGAACCUCUCGUUGGACACUCAUCACUCUCUCACUGCUCCCGCUCCAAAACCGGAGCCAGAACAACCGCCGCCGCCGCUCCCCUCCGCCGUCCGCCGCAGGAAAAAAAAUUAACAAAAAAAAAACAGAGGAAAUCAAAAUACCCAUACCACGGUGUUUUUUUUUCUUCUUUUUUCUGCCCCCAGAGAUCCGCCUUCUCCGCUAAUUUCAAAUUCCACCAUCUGUCAGCCGAUCAUCAUCAUCACUAAAUGCCAGUUUUCCUUCUCUGUUUUGAAAUCCCUACGAAAUCAGAAACCGUUUUCUGAGGCUAAUCGCGUAGAUCGGUCAAUCUCGUCACCCCCAUUAGUUUCUAUUUCCCGUUCUUCUUAUUUUCUCGGGAAAGUGUCCCUCUCCAGUUUUCCCCCUUCGCGGAAACCCGUAUUUCGUUUUCUUCUGCUCGAGACGGUCGAUAUGGAGCAGAAGCAGUUUCUGUUGUCGGCGUUGGGCGUCGGCGUGGGAGUAGGUGUGGGGCUGGGGCUGGCGUCGCCGUCGAUGAGCAAAUGGGCCGGCGGGAACGCUUCCGCGGCGAACGUCGUGACGGGAGAUAAGUUGGAGCACGAACUGUUGAGACAAGUGAUUCAUGGAAGAGAAAGCGGCGUUACCUUUGCCGAGUUUCCUUACUACCUCAGUGACCAAACCCGAACAUUGCUCACAAGUGCUGCCUAUGUCCACUUGAAACAUGCGGAAGUUUCAAAGUACACGAGGAACCUUUCACCUGCUAGUCGAACUAUACUGCUCUCUGGCCCUGCAGAACUUUACCAGCAAAUGCUUGCCAAAGCUUUAGCCCACUACUUUGAUGCUAAACUGCUGAUGUUAGAUAUAACAGACUUUUCUCUCAAGAUUCAGAGCAAGUACGGCACAAGCAAGGAAGCUACUUCUUUUAUGAGAAAGUCAACUUCAAUGGAGCGGCUGUCUGGUUUCCUGGGAUCCUUGUCCAUACUGUCCCAGGAUAGGGAACCUUUGGGUUCUGGUACUCUACGUAGGCAACACAGUGGAGUAGACCUCUCAUCAGCAAGAGGGAUGGAAGGUUCCUCUAAUCUCCCCAAGCUACGAAGAAAUGCCUCUACCUCUAAUAUGAACAUGCUAGCCUCACAAUCUGCUUCUGCUAAUACAGCUCCUUUGAGGCGACAAAGCAGCUUAUCUUUCGACGAGAAGCUUCUCAUUCAGUCUCUCUACAAGGUCCUGGUCUACGUCUCCAAAACCAGUCCCAUUGUGCUCUACCUUAGGGACGUGGACAAGUUCUUGUCACGUUCCCAGAGAAUCUACAACCUGUUCAACAAAAUGCUGAAGAAGCUGUCUGGUUCGGUGCUGAUCCUCGGUUCUCGAAGCGUGGAUCUCGAGAGCGAGUACAGGGAGGUCGACGAGAGACUCACCAUUCUCUUCCCUUACAACAUCGAGAUCAAGCCGCCAGAAGAUGAGAACCAACACAUCAACUGGAAGUCCCAACUGGAGGAGGACAUGAAGAUGAUUCAAGUUCAGGACAACAGAAAUCACAUCAUGGAAGUUCUCUCGUCCAACGAUCUCGAUUGUGAUGAUUUGGAUACUAUCUGCAUGGCUGACACGAUGGUUCUUGGUAACUACAUUGAGGAGAUUGUUGUGUCAGCUAUUUCGUAUCAUUUGAUGAACAACAAGGAUCCUGAUUACAGGAAUGGAAAACUCAUCAUCUCAUCUAAGAGUCUGUCUCAUGGAUUGAGCAUAUUCCAAGAGGGCAAGUCUGUUGGCAGUAUCAAGUUAGAAGCUCAGGCUGCACUCCCAAAGAAUGAAGCGAAGAUUGAAAUCAAAGCUGACGCGGUAGUACCAGAAAAGAAGGCCGAUACAGGGACACCAGGAAAAGGAGCCAAACCAGAAAACACUGCUCCACCGCCACCAAAAGCUCCAGAGGUUGCACCAGACAACGAAUUCGAGAAGCGGAUAAGGCCAGAAGUGAUACCAGCAGACGAGAUCAACGUAACCUUCGCUGACAUCGGUGCUCUAGAAGAAACCAAGGAGUCACUGCAGGAGCUGGUGAUGCUUCCUCUGAGACGACCGGACUUAUUCAAGGGCGGACUCCUGAAGCCAUGCAGGGGAAUCCUGCUCUUUGGACCCCCUGGCACGGGCAAAACAAUGCUCGCCAAGGCCAUUGCUCGAGAAGCUGGAGCCAGUUUCAUUAACGUGUCGAUGUCUACUAUUACAUCGAAAUGGUUCGGCGAGGACGAGAAGAACGUCCGAGCACUGUUCUCGCUCGCAUCGAAGGUCUCGCCUACAAUCAUUUUCGUGGACGAGGUUGAUAGCAUGCUCGGGCAGAGAACCAGGGUUGGAGAGCAUGAGGCCAUGAGGAAGAUCAAGAAUGAGUUCAUGACUCACUGGGAUGGCUUGGCGACGAAGCAAGGUGAAAAGAUCCUUGUUCUUGCUGCGACGAAUCGUCCAUUCGAUCUCGAUGAGGCUAUCAUCCGGCGUUUCGAGCGCAGGAUCAUGGUGGGGCUUCCAUCUGUGGACAACCGGGAAAUGAUAAUGAAGACCCUGUUGUCGAAGGAGAAGGUUGACGAACGGCUGGAUUUCAAGGAGCUGGCUGUGCUAACUGAAGGCUACUCUGGGAGUGAUCUAAAGAAUUUGUGUACUACCGCUGCUUAUCGACCAGUUAGGGAGUUGAUACAGCAAGAGAGGAAAAGGGAUAUGGAGAAAAGGAAGAAAGCUCCAGAAGGACAAAAGAAUGCAGAGGAAGAUACAGAGUCCGCUGCAAAAGGAGAAAAGGAGGAGAGAGUGAUUACCCUUCGGCCGUUGAACAUGGAAGACUUCAGGCAGGCUAAGAACCAGGUGGCAGCAAGCUUUGCAUCAGAAGGAUCGAUAAUGGCGGAGUUAAAGCAGUGGAAUGACUUGUAUGGUGAAGGUGGCUCGAGGAAGAAGGAGCAGCUCUCCUACUUCUUGUAAAACUAAUGGUUUAUCCAUCCACUAACCAGAAAAGAACUAGGGGGCUAGUUCUGUGCAAGCCAAGAAUAUGGCUUUUUUAAAUACUGUAAAACAUUUAAGAGUUAAGACUAGUAUGUAUGUAUGUAUAUAGAUGAUGAAUGUAUUCAGGAAGAUAGAAAGGUCAAUCAGAUAAAAGUCUGCAGGCAGCUCCCUCACCUUUCGGGGAAUAAGAUGAGCUGAGCCGUGUCAGAGACCAAUUUUGUUUGCUGUUCUUCUGUUGUUUUCGUUUUCGUUGUUGUUGUUGUGUUAGAACUCUCUCAUAGUUAUUUGUUCAAGCAUUUAUGGAACUGAACUGAACUCUGCUCUCUGUUCAACUUUGGGACGAGAAUCAUGCUUUCUGUUUCCAGCAGAAGGUAGUACAACGUCCAACUUGAGUAAACAGAAUAGUUCCUGUUAGUUUCUCAGGAAGCGAGAUGUGGAUACGUAACAAUUACAUCAAGCCUGCCCCUUUUCACCACAACAGCUCAAACAGCCGGUGCUGAACUCUAGGCUGUCGAGUUCUUGGAACAGGGACUUCACAACAGAAGCAUGAAAAAUGGAACCCACAAUUUCUUGAAACGACCAUCCGCGCAACUCUGGCCUCGACUCUCUGCUUUUCGUCUUAUCUAGGUGGAAAAGCAAACAGGCCACAUGUGGUAACUGUUCCUUUACAUCAACCCUUCCCUCUUCUGGCAAAUCCAACUUGCAACUUUCCCCUUCACCCAACGGUCAACUUACCUUCCACAGUAACACCAACCAUUUACCAACAAACAAAAACAAAAUAAAAACUUGAAC